AUGUAUCUCCGCAGGGCGGUCUCCAAGACCCUGGCGCUGCCUCUGAGGGCGCCCCUCAGCCCCGCGCCGCUGCGGAAUGACGCAUCUCUUCGCUGGCUAUCAUCUAACAAAUUCCCUGGAUCAUCUGGAUCAAAUAUGAUCUAUUAUCUGGUUGUAGGUGUCACAGUCAGUGCUGGUGGAUAUUAUACUUACAAGACAGUUACAUCAGAGCAAGCCAAACACACGGAACAUAUAACAAAUCUGAAAGAAAAAACCAAAGCAGAGUUACAUCCACUUCAAGGUGAAAAAGAGAACCCUGCGGGAGCCAAGGAAGCACGUGCAGAAGCCCCGGAAGUGUCUUUAGUGGAAGCUCAGGUGGUAGAUGCUGAAGAUAUUCCAGAUGCUACGGUUGCAGUCAUGAAAGAGGCUUCAGCCUGUCCACAUAAUGUGGAGGCUGCUCCAGCGGAGACCGCCGCAGUCAGCGCCGAAACUGGGCCAGAGGUUACAGAUGCAGCGACCCGGGAAACCGCAGACGUCAGCGCUGAAGCGGCCUCAGAGGUUACGAGUGCAGCUCCGGAUGAAGCUGUUGCUAUCAAUAAUGAUAAAGGUACGACAGAGAACGAAAGCUCUGGUGAAUAUGCUGAACUAGAAGAAGAAACUUCUCCAAUUGAGUCAGAAUCCUCUGCUGGGGAUGAUUUACAGGAAGAAGCCGGUGUUGGUUCUGAGGCCGCUUAGGUUCAAGGCUAAUCUCAUGCUGAUUGACGCUUCAGCAAAAAAUGCCACAGAGCUUCUGAGAGAUGCUUUUGUAGUUUUGGUAAUCUUAGUUUUUAAAAAGGCUUUUUUUCUAGAAAAUGUUAAUGUGCCUUGAAGAUUUUUGGUAUCUACUGAUAGAGUUCAGGAUUGAGAGGUUUGAGAUUUUACAUGUCUGAAUAGUUUUCUACUCUCUGAGAUCAGCAUAUGACAUUGCAGUAAAGAGCUUAAAGAGUUUCAUCUUUGGAUUUAAAUGUUAUAUCAUAGGAAUUGAGUUAUCUAUACAACCUGCAUUCACUUUAAUUUUGCUAUACCUUUACGUUACUUUAAUGUAUGUAAAUCUAUAUUCCUAUGUUUUGAUUUGAACCAACAAAUAAAAUUGGAAAAUCUUUA